AUGGUCUCCAUGCUCUGGAAAAGGACGCUGCUGCGGCUGCUGUCCGCACUGCGACCUCGCCUGACAUGGAGAUAUCUGCUAUCUUGUGGCAUCUGCCUCUACGUUGCUUCUUGUCUGCUAUUCGCUUCAAGGCCGCUGUUCUCAUCCAGACUGCCAGCAUAUACUGGACAGUACUCAGUCGGUGCCAUCGAUCUGGAGAUUUCUACAGAGCCGCGCACAAUCCAUGCUGCCCGACUCAAGGACAGCGGCCUGCCGGCUUUCCAGCUCGAGACCGUCCUGUUCACUGUGUACUAUCCAUCAGCGAGGGGAAUGGAAUCAUCCAAACCGCAUCAUCUAUGGAUCCCUCGACCACUGGGGAUUGUGGCCACAGGAUACGCCCGAUUCGCGCACAUCAGCAACUUUGUCACGGACGCGAUCAUCUCCAUCAGUCUAUGGUUUCUGGCUGGGGGAAUCAAGAUCCCAGCACACGUUGAUGUUCCGCUCCACGAGGAUACUGUGGUGCUGCAGUACCCCGAGCCGAUCAAUGAUCCGGUGGUCACCGAUGACGGGUUUCCAAUCAUGGUGUUCUCGCACGGGUUUGCCAGUUCGCGGACCCAGUAUACGCAAUACUGCGGCGAACUGGCGAGUCGUGGCCUGGUCGUUGCGGCCAUCGAGCACCGCGACGGCAGUGGACCGGGCUCCGUGAUCAUGAAGCCAGGCUCCAAGAACAGAGAUCUGCUGCCUUUUACACAUCGUGAUUUACGGCACGAUGCGGACUCGAACUUGGAUGGCGAUACUUUCAAACAGGUCCAACUUGAUUUUCGACAGGCCGAAGUCGAAGAAACGGUCCGUGUGCUCAGGUCCAUCAACGAGGGUAAAGGACACGAGAUCUUCUCCAUGAACCCGCGCCGCGAAGGAGAGCAUUUGCAUAAAUGGAAGGGUCGGCUUGCCAUGAACAACGCGACCAUGGCAGGUCAUUCUUUUGGCGCAACGUUGGCGCUCCAAACAUUGAAGAACGGCCCAUCCGCCAUUCUUCCAUUCAAGAGCGCCGUUGUCCUCGAUCCGGGCAAGUCAAGCGGACCUCUCAACCAUGACGUCCAAGUGUCGACGCUCAUCAUCCACUCCAACUCGUGGUCGCGACGGUUUUCGCUCUUCUUCGGCCGGCCGCACUUUGACGUCGUGAAAGAUAUUGUCCAGGGCAUUCUGGACCGAGGCAAAGACGCCUGGUUCAUCACUUCAUUAGGAACAUCUCACCCUUCAGUCACCGACGCGCCGUUGAUCGAACCCUGGCUCCUGGGCUGGACGACCGGCUCGACGAUCGACGCCCACGAAGGCGUGCGCCAGUACGUCACAGUCACCGACAAGUUCUUGAAGUACCAGACCACCGGGAAACUGGAGGGGCUCUUGUCCGAAUGUGUGACGCAUCCGGAAUACAACGUCCCUGACAAGAAUAAUACCCAUGUCGACGACCCACGAUGGAAAGACACGUUCUCCAAGUACUGGCAGAUCCAUGUCGCUCCUUGUAGCGCAAAGGGAAAAGCAGCCAAUGCCAAUACCAAUUCAAUGCCCAUACGAGCCUUGAUGAUGAGAAAUCUUGAGCAAGAGCAAGGCUGA